AGAAAGGAAUCUUCAUUGUUUUCAUCCCAAAAAAUGAAAACAAAAGAAGGGUUUUGUUUGCAAGGACAGAAUGUUCUUGAGUGAUAUAUGGCUUCUUCCCACUCUCACUCUGAUGAGAAAUGCCGAAUGUUGGACAACAUAACAGUAGUGGGGUACUUGGGAAGGCAAAUGAGCUGUCUUAUGCCUUUCAUUUGCAUUUGCAUUUCAUUUGCUGUUCAUUUCAGCCUCAUUUCCACAACAUUUGCAGCUUUAGCUUGCUGCACUUUGCUGCUACCGUGCUAUUGCUUGAACACCACAACUCCAACAAUUGGAAGUGUUACCGGAGCACUUGUUUUUGUGAUAUUAGCCAUUGGAUUCUUUUGGUUCUGCAAGUCACAGUCCAAGAACUUGUCUAAUAGGAAUUUUGAGACAGGUUCCUCAGAUCCUUCUGCCCUAGUGGAGUGGGAAAGAGAAGCUGGACAAAGUUCAUCUUAUGAUACUGGACUAGACUCAUCAACUAGACUAGAGUUCAAGCAGAGGCUAACCAUAGCUCUGGGGCCAGCUAAAGGUCUAUGCCAUCUGCACAGCCUAAAGCCUCCUUUGGUACAUGGAAACUACCAAACGGUCAAUGUCCUAGUUGAUGGGAACUUUAUUGGUAAGGUUGCAGAUGCUGAAGUGUUUAGGAUACUUGAAAAGAUAGAAGAAGAAGAAGAUCCAUCUUGCCCAUCUACUGUUGAUGUUUUACAAGAUGUAAAGAUUGAUUUUUUCUGAUUUUAUUUGGUUUGUACUUUAAAAAGUAUUAAUCCUUCACCUAUAUCAAGCUGAGACUUUGUUUGAAUGUCAGGGUAGGAGCAUCAGGGAAUUUUAAAUCAGUAUGAACAUCAUGCUUUGAUCCUUCAAAAGUAACAAAAACUACAUAGAAAU